UUUACCGCGCAUUAACAUCGUGAUAUUUUUUCUUAUAUCCAAACAAAUUCGCGUAAUCUGCGCGAUCUCAUAAUAAGUUUUACUAAGUUCGAGCGCUUCUGAAUCCGUUCGAGUCAAAUAUGGUGCAAUUUGGUAUGUACCGCGAGCGAGAAUACGAAGCCGAAGGUACGACAGUCGACCCGUUCGAAGUAUCAUCGGUUUACGUUGCAAACAAGGACAUCGUACCGAUCGAAUAUUUCCCGGAAGAAGUUUCCAGGCCGUUUGGUGCCAUUUUCGGUGUGACAUUUGUGAUAAUUUUGAUCCUCAUCUGCCGGUACUGGCGAAACGCGAGAAAAAGGUAGAGGCAUGCGAUCCGUCUGGCUGAAAUCCAAAAACUAAUUUUCCUGAAAAUGACUUUCAAGUACGACCUACCGUUAGCCGAUUUGGUGGAGUAUAGAGGGGUCAAUGAUGAAACUGGUCAGGUGGAAAAUUCGCCACCGAUUACUGCUGGGAAUCGUACACCGCCAUCGUUACUAUCACCGACUCUACGGUAUGGUACUGCCAGGCACUAUCGAAUGCGAAGAAGACACGACCUACCGUCAGCCGAAUUGGCGGAGUAUAAAGAUACAGUGGGCAAUGGCGAAAAUGGUCAGGUGGAAAAUUCGCCACCGAUUACUGCUGGAGUUCACACACCGCCAUCGUUACUGCCGACUGCCCGUUAUGGUACCCUCCGGUACUGCCGAAAGCAAUCAAGGUACGACCUACCGUCAGCCGCUUUGGAGGAAUGUACAGAAACAGAGGUCAAUGGCGAAAAUGGUCAGGUGGAAAAUUCGCCACCGGAUACUGCUGGGAAUCAUGCACCGUCAUCAUUACUAUCACCGAGUGUACGCUAUGGGGCUAUACGGUACUACCGAAAGCGAACAAGACACGACCUACCGUUAGCCGAAUUGGUGGAGUAUAGAGGGGGCAAUGGCGAAAAUGAUCAGGUGGAAAAUUCGUCACCGAUUACUGCUGGAGUUCACACACCGCCAUCGUUACUGCCGACUGGGGUCAGAUUAGGCUAAUUGAAAUGUUUGCCCGAUUAGUGUUAAUGAAAAUGUUUGUUCGAUUCGUGUUUAUUGAAAUGUUAGACUAAAUGAAAUUCCGUUUCAGCAGUGUUUUCUAAAUUAACACUUUACUGUAGUGAAUAAUAUACGCACGAAAGUGCAUUUUUUGUUAAUCGAUUCAUGAAAUAAUGAACUUUUAAAAUCGUGAAAUAAAAAACGAAUUUUUUUACCAAA